AUCAAUCAUUAAACCACGCCAAAAGAACAUGAGUAAAAUAGAAGAGUCUUAAUCCGACAGAAACACAGGAUUUCUGACGGUGACGGACGCAGGCCGCCUCUCACCUUCCUCCUCCGUCUUCUUCAAUUCUUCUCCUUAUUUUAUCUCCGGCCCCAAUUCGGUUUCAUUGCUAAAACCUUCACGCUAUAAUGACUUCCUCUAAAUUCACCGAUCCACCCCCUACCCCGUACGACCCCCUCCCCACUUAUCCCCAACCCCCUCAACAACCCCAAUACAUCAUCGUCCUACCUCAUUACUACCGUAGCCCUCGCCAAUUGCUACGCGUCGCUUGCCGUCGGUACAUUUACUCCGCCGCCGUGCUCAUCCUCCUCGCCGCCGCAGUCUUCUUUUUCUGGCCCUCUGAUCCCGAUGUCUCCAUUGCCCGGCUCCGUCUCCGCCACCUCAAAAUCCACACGUUCCCCAAAAUCGCCCUCGACGUUACCCUAGACGUCACUGUUAGGAUUCGUAAUAAAGACUUCUAUUCAGUCAAUUUUCGUUCCGUAGCGGUUGCUAUAGGGUACAGGGGUAAGCAGCUGGGAUACGUCACCUCCGAUUAUGGUAAAAUUAGGGCCAGGGCGUCUUCUUACAUCAAUGCCACUCUGGAGCUCAAUGAUAUUAGCAUUUUCUCUGAUAUAAUUCCUUUGAUUGAGGACUUGGCGAGAGGUUCUAUUACUUUUGAUACUGUAACGCAGAUUGGUGGUGAGCUUGGUUUAUUCCUCUUUGAUAUUCCCAUAAAGGGAAAAGUGUCGUGUGAAAUUGUUGUGGACACACGCAACGAAACGAUUUCUCAUCAGAACUGUUACCCUGAGUGACUCGGUUCGUGAUGGAAUUGUGAAUAAUUAUGGAAAUGAUGAAAUGAGGGAAGUAACCGACUCUGCUCGACCCUCUCCUUGUAAAUGUUCUUUGGUCAUUCAAUUCAUGUGUUUCAAGGGUUUUGGAUAUCUGAAAUAUUUAGUAAGUUGGAUACUGGAUUCCCCAUUAAUGUAGUUAUGAAGGGCUGUCGUGUUUUGUGCGGGGAAAACAUUGAUACGUCUGACGUGUUUUUUCUGUAAUAGUAGUAUUUACCAUUAUUCUAGGAAAAUUAUGGUGAUAUAACGACAUAAUAUUAGCAACGUGCAGACACACACUCUCUCAGGUGAGUGUGUUUGUGUGUGUAUGUCUGAUCCUGUGCGUCUUUUUCAGAAAAGUUCGCCAGUUCAAAACAAUGAGAAAACAUUGUCCCUACCUUGAAUCCCUUUUCCCAAUUCCUUGAGCUUCCUCGUUCGUUGAGAUAUUCAUGCAAAACAUAAGGUUAUAGACAACGCUAAAUUAAUAAACUUCAACCCAGGAAAAGAUUUUUAACUGGGCAAUACAAUUACCUUCGCGAACAGACGCGUUGUGAAUAAAUUUAUUGUAUAAUAUAAUAGCAAUUCAAUCACCAAGGAAAAAGAGGGAUUAUCAGCAUGUUGUUUUAAAAGAAGGGCAAGUCAUUGAACAUCACAAACCACAAAAAGUAAAAACAGACUAAAAUGAUCUUAGAGAUGGUAUGAACAAGAUCAUCCACGUAUUAUUGAUAAAGUAAAAAAAAAAAAAAAA